ACCACUUCCUUCCAUAGGCCAUAUUCUCAAGUAUUCGCUAUUCUUCAGGGUCUGUAUAGUUCAUGCGAACUAUGUACACGUUCUUAGACUGAGUUCGAAGACUGGGUGGAUAUACAGACAAGAACCGUCGUUUUGAUCAGCUGCGACUUUUUCCAGACGUCACCCGGCAGGCCCGGAUUAUCACAAAGGCAAAGAGGCAAGGGACGUUUCAACAACACAAUCACAACGCAGAAACACCAAAUUUGCGAUCCUCACCUCGGAAUACUGUUUGUAUUAUAGCCCGCAUAAUACAGGCCGUCUCAAAGUCCCUUGCGGCAGUUGACUAUACAUAAGAACGACUCCCACGGGAAUUGACACCGAUACCGCCGCCGUCUUACUACUCGGACGACUCGGACGAUUUGGCCGAACCAGAAUUUUGCAGACGAGAAAUACUAUUCCGCAUUUAUAGACUGCAGGUCCUAUGAGACAAUAUCCCGCCUAGAUGCUAUAUUCCACGCUGCGCAUCCUUGCGCUGUCUGCUGGCGUGAUUGCUUCUGCUCAGGCGCUAGAACAAGACCACUUCGACACCCCGAUCCACCCGGAAUGGCUGGACGGUCAUAUGCCAACGGGGACAGCCGGCGAUGGGAAGAUUCAAAAAGAUAUCCCGAGCUAUGUGCUUGAGUACGCACCCCUGGUGCAUCUCGCCGAGGAUGAAAUACAUUGGCCUAGUGUGAUGGACGAGCAUUUGGUCCACACAAAACCAUAUGUGGAUUUCAAGCCCGUGCCAAAGGAUGAACAGCAUCCCACAGUGUGGGACUUGGGAGACCUUAACAAACACGAUGGUGGCCUUCACAUCUAUCUCCAGAGCCGGGACGAUGUAAUGACGAGCCCGGCCUGGAUGCUGAGCGCGCAUAAUAUGCCCGUACCGCCACCUGCCACCCCAGAAGGUAACGAGACCGAUUCAGCUGCGCCAAAGGGUGAGGGUAAGAGGGGCGAGAAGAGGAAGAAGAUUAGCAAGAUUGGCGGGCGGAGUCCUGCGCCUGUCGUUUUGACUGUGGUUGAUAAGGGUGAUGGAGUCAUACUUGCAUUUUGGUUCUACUUCUACAGCUACAACCUCGGCAACAGUGUCUUCGGGGUUGGCUUUGGCGACCAUGUUGGGGAUUGGGAGCAUAGUGUGAUGAAAUUCCGAAACGGGGUUCCAGAGACGAUGUUUCUUAGCCAGCAUACCGGUGGGCGAGCCUACACCUUUGGCGCCAUGGAAAAGUAUGGCAAGCGCCCCGUAAUCUACUCUGCCAAAGGCAGCCAUGCCCUCUAUGCCACACCCGGAAUCCAGGCGUACAUCCUCCCCUUCGCCAUCCUCCACGACACAACCUCCCACGGCCCUCUCUGGGACCCAGCUCUAAACGUCAUGUCCUACCACUACACCUCUCCCGAAGACCACUCCGACGUCGGCGACAAAAUGGUCAGCGAGCCUUCCACCUCCGCGUCAGUCACCGACUUCACCCCUGGCAUACUCACGCCCAGUCUCCAGAACCCCAACGCGCCCACCAGCUGGUUCUACUACGGCGGCUACUGGGGCGACAAAGGCUACCCCUCCAACGACCCGCGCCAAUACCAAGCCCCCAUAGUCGGCGAGCGCAAAUUCGUCGACGGCCCCUUCGGUCCACGCUUCAAAUCCAUAGGCCGACACGACGUCUGCCUGAAGAAAGGCCCCUGCGAGGUCAGCACGACGAUCGCGCCGCGCCUGUGGCUGCUCAACUGGCUGUACAACUGGGCGUGGGUGUGUGGCGGGUUCCUGGUGCUGGUGGUGGUGGGGAUUGCGGGGUAUACGGUGGGGAGACAUGUGAAGUGGGGACAUACGAUGUUGGUGCGGAUUCGGAGGGGGAGGGGGGAGAAGAAGGUGCUGGAGGAUGUGGAGAGGAGUCCGUUGUUGAGUGAGGCGACGAGUGAGGCGGAGGAUGGGGCGGAGCCGAGUGUUGUGGCGUUGGAUGUUGAGGGGGGGAGGGCGGUGACUUAUGGGACGAUAAAUGCGACGGUGGUUGAGGGUGCUGAUAGAGCCGGAUAGAGAGGGGUGAUAGAGUUGGGUAUGAUUUGGGAUUUGGACACUUAGAUUGAAGGAGUUGGGAAGAAUCAGUGUUCCCCAAAUAGUACUCGAAUACUAUUCGGCAUUUGCCCGAAUACUCUGGCUCUGAUAGUAUUCGCCGAAUACUCGUACGAAUACUCGCCGAAUAGUAUUCGGCGAGUUAAUGAGGCUCAACUGUAGUAUAGUAUAAUAUAGUAAUUGAAAUAUGAUAACUCUGUC